AUGGAAAAAGCUUUUAAUAAUUUUAUGGCCAGACUGCAAGAGCCACAGAAGCCGUGGAACAAACAAGGACCAGAGGACCUUUCGAACAUCUCUCUCGCUAAAAGGCCCAGAAUAGAGUAUAAAAUACCCCAGCCCGGGGAAAUAAUAGGGGGAUACGUGCUGAGCGAGAAAGUGGGACAAGGCAGCUUCGGGAUCGUGUUCGAAGGACACGCCAUAGAUAGCAUCAAGAAAGUAGCUAUAAAGAUAGAAAUAUGCUCCGACCAAAGAUACUCCCAGCUGGAAAACGAGUACAAUGUAUACAAAAAAUUGGACGGAGCCAGUGGAUUCCCCCGUAUAGAGUACUUUGGACAGUGCGAAGCAUACAAGCAUUUAGUGAUGGAGUAUCUCGGGAUGAGCCUGGAGGACAUGCUAGCCAUAAGAAACAGAAUGUUCUGCGCCAAAACCAUCUUUAUCGUGGCCAAAAGGAUGCUCACUCUCAUAGAAAAGCUGCACAGCAUAGGAUACGUCCACAGAGACUUAAAACCAGACAAUUUUCUGAUUGGGAGAGAUCCCAAGAAAAUAUUCCUGAUCGAUCUGGGGAUGGCGAAAGAGUUCCUCAAGCAUGGACAGCACAUUUCCACAGGCGCAGGCAAGAAGCUGACAGGAACCCCGCGGUAUGCGUCAGUCAAUGCACACAAGGGAUACGAGCUAAGCAGAAGAGAUGACCUGGAGUCAAUAGGAUACAUAGUGCUCUAUCUCUCGAAAGGAAGGCUCCCGUGGCAGGGCCUGAAAGAGUCAAAGAGAGAAAAGUGCAGAAUCAUAGGAGAGAUGAAAGACGCAAUGAAAAUAGAAGAAAUAGCAAGAGAUCUCCCAGGAGGCACAAAAAUAAUAGAGUACUUCAAAUACAUAGACACUUUGCGCUUUGAUGAUGUGCCUGACUAUAAAUACAUGACAGGCCUAUUCGACAGUGCUCUACACAGCCACGGGCUGAUAGAUGAUGGGGUGUUCGAGUGGGAGCAUGUGUUCAAAGGAUACACAGAAACAGUAACAGACGAUAGCCUGGACGAGGAGAGCACAAAGAAGGCCUCAUUUUGGGGCAAGGUGCGCAAUUUCAUCUGCUGCAACUAUUCCAAAUAA